AGGAUGGUGGAUUGUCCAGGGUACAGUCUAUCUGGUGUGGCUGCGUCCUUGCUCUUCAUUCUGCUGACUAUGAAGCACCCAGAUGACUUCAGGGUCAUUGGUCCUGCCCUUCCUAUCCUGGCCAAAGUCGGGGAAGAUGCCCUGCUGACAUGUCAGCUCCUCCCCAAGAGGACAACGGCACACAUGGAGGUGAGGUGGUACCGCUCCGACCCCGACAGGCCUGUGAUUGUGCACCGGGAUGGAGCUGAGGUGACAGGGCUACAGGUGGAGGGGUACAGAGGCCGGGUGGAGUGGACAGAGGCCAAUACUGAUGAGGGAAGUGUGGCUCUGAAGAUUCGCCAGAUCCAGCCAGGUGACGAUGGGCAAUACUGGUGCCGCUUCCAGGAGGGGGACUAUUGGAGAGAGGCGAGCGUCCUGCUCCAAGUGGCAGCCCUAGGAUCUCCCCCAAACAUCCAUGUGGAAGGACCUGGAGAAGGAGAGAUCCAGCUCGUUUGCACAUCCCAGGGCUGGUUCCCUGAGCCUGAGGUCUAUUGGGAAGGCAGCUGGGGAGAAAAGUUAUUGAGUUUGUCUGAGAAUCAUGUGCUGGGUGAAGAUGGGCUGUUCUAUGUGGAAGACACACUAGUGGUCAGGAAUGACACUUCAGAGACCAUUUCCUGCUCCAUCUACAACCAUGGCCUUAAAGAGGCCAAGGAGGCCGCCAUUGCCCUGCCAGGUCAGUGCUCUGCCUCGGGCACUGUGUCUACCUCAAGGGUCAUUGGACUUUCCCAACCCAUUCUUGUACGAGUUGGAGAGAACAUAGAAUUAACUUGUCACCUGUCACCUCAAGCUGAUGCUCAGAGCAUGGAGGUGAGGUGGGUCCGAUCCCACUGUUACCCCGCAGUCCAUGUGUAUGUGGGCGGGGCCCACUCAGCUGAAGAGCAGAUGGUGGAAUACAGAGGGAGGACUGUGGUGGCAGCUGAUGCCAUCCAUGAGGGGAAGCUGACCCUGCGGAUACAUGAUGCCAGAACUUCAGAUGAUGGGCAGUACCGGUGCCUUUUUGGAAAAGAUGGUGUCUACCAGGAGGCCCGUGUGAAUGUGCAGGUGAUGGCGGUGGGUUCCACCCCACGGAUCACCCGGGAGGUCCUGAAGGAUGGAGGCCUGCAGCUGAGGUGUACGUCUGAUGGGUGGUUCCCGCGGCCCCACGUGCAGUGGAGGGACAGAGGCGGAAGGGCUGUACCAUCGAGUUCAGAGGCCUUCUGCCAAGGAAGCCAGGGACUGUUUCAGGUGGAGACGCUCCUGCUGGUCACAAAUAGCUCCGUGGUGAAUGUGACCUGCUCCAUCGGCCUCCCUGGAGGCGAGGAGAAAGCUGCACGGUUUCCUCUCUCAGACUCCAAGAUAGCUUUGUUAUGGAUGGCCCUGCCUGUUCUGGUGCUGCCUCUUGCCAUGGCCAUUGACCUGAUCAAGGUGAAACGUCAUUCGAAAGACCAAAAUCACCACAGCAAUCAGCAAAGUCUCAAGAAUGAUGAAAGCCACAUGAGAGCUUCCCUCUGACAAGAGGUUCUGAGAAAGGAAGGAAGGAAAGAAGGAAGGAAGGAAG